AAAAGAGGAAGGGAGGGAGGGCUGGCAGGACCAGCUCUCGACACAGCUGGGAGGGGAGAAAUGGAGGGAGAGAUGGAUGGAGAGGGAGUAGGUAAUCCAAUGAGACACCGAGAGGAGAGGCAGAGCGAGGGCAACGCCUCAAAGCACCAGGAAUCUCUCUCCAUCGCACUCUCUCUUUUUUCUCUUAAUACCCAGCAUCCUCGCUCACUCUCGUCCGGAUCUUGGCGCUAACUGGAGUCCAGCUUUUCCUUUUAUUUCCUGAGGUGGCAUUGUCAUCUUUGUGUAUUGUGGAGUCAUCUCGCUCGUUCAAGGAGUUGGGAUAUCGGUUAGUGGGCCUUUUUUUUGAGCGAGAGAGGGGGGUGAUGCCUUCCUAGCAUUUCAGGUGCUAUGUCGCCUCUUGAACUCUGACGUCUUCUACGGAAGCCUGGACCGAUCAUAAAAAGGAGAUUCUAAAGCGCGCAUUUGGCGUUUCUUUUUUCGCCGACAUGGACAUCAACCUGCAGUCGCACCGCUUCUAUUUCCCGCAGAUCUACUGCGCCGAGCCGGGGGCUCAACCACAGCUAAGCGAGUUCAAAGUCAGUGAGCAGAGCAUCUGCCAGGCGAGGGCCUCCGUCAUGGUCUACGACGACACCAGCAAGAAGUGGGUUCCCAUUAAGCCGGGCCAACAGGGCUUCAGCCGCAUCAACAUCUACCACAACACCCCCUGCAAUACCUUCAGGGUGGUGGGUGUCAAGCUGCAGGAUCAGCAGGUGGUCAUCAACUACUCCAUCGUGAAGGGGCUGAAGUAUAACCAGGCCACGCCAACCUUCCACCAAUGGAGGGACGCCCGGCAGGUGUACGGCCUCAACUUCGCCAGCAAGGAGGAGGCCACCACCUUCUCCAACGCUAUGCUUUUCGCCCUCAGCGUGCUCAGUGCCCAAGACGGAGGUCCAGCUGUGCAGCGACAAGUCCAAAAUGGACCAAGCUCAGAAGAGAUGGAAGCCCAGAGAGCAAGCGUGAGUUCCUGCAGGCAGAUGAUGGAGCAGCAGCAGCAGAUACAGACCCACAUGGAGCGGGAGCGACGCUCCUCCAACUCAGGUUCUCCUUUCCAAGGCCACCCCGCCGUGCUCUCGGUGGCGCCCCCGGUCAUACCUCCUCCUGCGUGCUUGGCAGCGGGGCCUCCACCUCCACCACCACCUCCUGGACCUCCGCCACCCUCUGCCGGAGCCCCGCCUCCGCCGCUGCCUCCCCCGCUAGCCAGCCACGGAGAGGAGCCGACAGCCCAGACAGGGCUCGCUGCCAUGAUUGCCGGCGCCAAGCUGCGGCGGGUACAAAGACCGGAGGAGAGCUUGUCCAGCUCGUCAAGUUCGUCCAACGGCAAAAACAGUGAAGUAAACCGGACGAGUGGCGGUAACGGAGGACUGAUGGAGGAGAUGAACGCUCUUUUGGCCCGAAGAAAAGCAGCGUCAGAGAAGCCAGACGACAACCAAAGUGAUGAGCCAAAUUCUACUUCCCCCAGCACUAGGGGGGGUCAGAACGCCACAGAUGGUGCAAAAAAGCCAUGGGACAGGGCCAACUCUGCGGACAGGGCCAUGGCUUCAAGGAUACGGCUUGCGGGGAGCGGCACGGACGCAGAUGCGUUAGACAUGGACAGAAUGAAACAGGAAAUCUUGGAAGAAGUGUUCCGCGAGUUGCACAAAGUGAAGGAAGAAAUUAUUGACGCCAUUAGACACGAACUCAUUCGAGUGAGCACAGCAUAAAUCUCACCUGUCCGAGGAGAUGGAGAAGGAGUUGGGCCUAAACCGUGCCGUCCAUUAUGGUGUUGAAGAGCCGCCGUAGCCGCCAUGUUUUUGCGGCAUGCAUUGACUUGAGGGGAGGUGCUGUAAGCGUGUGUUUGUGUGCGUGUGUGCGUGUGUGUGUGUGUGUGUGUGUGUGUGUGUGCGCGCGCGCGUGUGUGCAUGUGUGUGAAGAGACAGUAAAUUCUUUACAUUUGUCUCUUUCCCCCCCCCCUAUCUUUGGCCUGAAAAACAUGAAAAAAAACUCUAUAUUCAAAUAGUUACAUGGUGUCCAGGAGUUUAUUCAACACAAUUUUUUUCAAAUCAUCAUUACCCUUACUAUCUUAUUCUUCAUUAUUGGUAUCUUAUUAGAGGGUAUUAGUCAGUAAAAAUGUGGGUCAACUAAACGAAUAUGAAUACAAUAAUAAAGGUAAUCCUGCAUUCGUUUUCUAUAGCAUUUAUCCUCAAUAGGGACUGGAGCAAUAACCUAUUCCAGUUGAUUUAGGAGAGAGGCAGGCGACACUGGACUUGUCGCCAGGAAACUACUUGUGGUCAGUACAAAGUGAAGCUGAUAUGCAAAUUUUUGGAGAGAAAGAAAAGUCAUAUUUAAUUACUUAUAUGGUCCACAGGAGUUAAUAUUUUUACCCUCACCAUACUUCUUACUAGAGGAUUUUAGUUUAGAAAAAGAAUAUGCCCAAAGACAGCUGGGAUAGGCCCCAACACACCCACAACCCUCAUGAGGAUAAGCGGUUCUGGUAAUGGAUGAAUGAUAGUAAAGGUAAUUUUGGACGUUUUUAUUAAUUUGCUUUUAGAUUAAUAUUUUUAAAUGAAUUUAUUUCCUUUUUUUAACAGCAAAAUGACACUUUUGAGCAACAACAGUCACUGCAAUACUCUUUAAAAAAACACAACACCCCAGAAUAUUUGUGAUCAUGUUAAUAAUAAUAAUUUUAAAAACGUUUAUUGGCUGCCAUGUAUUGUUUAUUCUGUUCUCUUUAUGAUGACAAAGUGCUUCCUUGUUGAAAAACAGAAGAAAAAAGAAGAAAUGCACUGUUUUGAAAUGAAUUCAAAUAAAACUGUGAACAUCUUGGAUAAAUAAGGCUGAUUCUUUUCCUUAAUGUGGGAGUCUUUUAUAAAACAGUAUUUCUUUCAUUGCCUUGAUGCCAACCCAAAUUGUGCAUUUUUUAUAUGGGUUGCACAUAGACAAAAACAAGCCUGGAUGUAUAAAAUACAAAACCUGGUCUUUUUCCCCCCCUCCAAAAUAGAACCCCCCCCCCC